AUGGCCCAUAUUCGAAAGUACUCUGUGUGCGUCGGCCGCGAGAGGGGUUAUCGACGGACGAAGAAUGCCAAGCGUGUGAAGCCGUCAAAUUCCAACGGCCACUCUGGUAAGCAAUCAAAGUUUACAAGGAGUCUUGUUCGCGAAAUUGUUGGAUUUGCUCCAUUUGAAAGACGUGCUUUGGAAUUGCUGAAAAACGACAGAGAGAAGCGUGCUCUUAAAUUCCUUAAGACUCGAGUAGGCGGGCACCGACGUGGGAAGAGGAAGAGAGAGGAGCUUAUGGCUGUUGUGAAGAGUCUUCGUCAUAAAUAA